AUGAAGCGAAUGAAAAAUAAGAAGAAACAAGACGAAAAAGAAACUGACAUGACGUUAGCAUUCAGACUGUUCGACGCCAACCAAAAGGGGUACAUCGAGUCAGCGGAUCUACGCUACAUUAUAUUAAAUAUGGACAAUAGAAUACCACGUGAUGAGUUGAACGAGUUGAUUACAAGCGCCAAGCUUGAUCAAGAUAGAAGAGUAACCUAUGAAGGUGAAAAUUAAGUAUUCAGUUCAUCGUGUUAACAUUUAAAAAUUCUUGUCUUUGAAACAGAACAUCUUCUUGAAAUAUUAAAGCGAUCGAAACUCUGCAAGAGGGCGGUUCAACAGAGUGGACACUUACUAAAUCAUCGCCCCAACAACUUUAAAACAAUGCGGAAACCUCUCAAGAGACCAUUUUUUCUUGUCCAAGCGUUCACUCACUGUAGCUAGCCUAGUUUCUGAGAGAAUACAGCAUGCGCAAAGUUAACUCUCUGUAAGCCUGACAUCACUAUCUAUUUAAUAUAGAUGUACUCCGAUUAAGAAACAGAACUGACUCAUCAAUCAAUAACCAGGUGACAUUUGACCGACAUUAUGUUUGUUCUGCAGAAUUUCUUGUUCUUUUCGAGUCACUUGAAGAGGAAUAA